GCAUCAGCCAGGCAUUCUUAGUUCUAUGUCUAUUUACUGUUCGAUGUAGCAGCAGCAACAUCAACAAAAAUGGAUAGUCACGAAGAAGAAUUCAAUCCCCAAAUUUCUCAUCAACAACAACAGCAACAUUUCUCACAGAGAGAUGGUGAUACUCUACUGUCAAAUUCACUUGAUAAGAAAGAUGGUGGUGACAAAGAGGGGUAUUAACUAACAUUUUAUAGGCAUGGCGAAGCUUGGUUUGAUAACCGGAAGGCUUUGUUGAAGGAGUUUCCAGGAGUUUUAGAACGAAAGGGUAUUUUUAACCUACGCUGUCAAAGAAUGGAUUAGUGGUCAAUCUGGAACACAAGGUGUAUGAAGUUAUGUAUAAUGUAUCUGAAAUACAAGUUGGAUGCCUCUUGCUGUUUAUUUGUAUACAAAGGUAUUCUUUGCAAGCAUGCUUUAUCUGUCUUGAAUGAAUUUGGGGAGGAAAUCCUGUCUCAGUACAUACUCUUAAGAUGGUGCAAAGAUUUCAAACGUAAAUUUCUUUUGAAUCAUCACUUGGACCAUUCAGAUGUUAUAAGACUUGAAGAAUAAGGUCCAUAAUGAAAAGAACUGAGUACUCGGUUUUCGGUUUACAACCUGCCCGAAUUCCCAUAUGGGCUUUUCACUUCCGGAAGAGAGAAACUUGGAUCGCUUAUGCAAGAUCCAUUGAACGGAACUUAUGGUCCGUUCUGCGACAGGGUUCGUGCACCCACAAAAACUUCGCUUCCGGGAGAUUGGUCGAAGCCGAAAUAUUGAGCUUCUUUAGCAUAAUUCGUAAGACCCAAGAUCUUGAAGCAGGAGAUAGCAAGCUUAAACAAGAAAUGUUGAAACUAGUCCUUCCUGGAAGCCUUACAGGCUGCAGAAUCGAUUCUGCAGAUAAAUUGGCUUACAGUGACCAGAAAUGUUGCGCAAAUUCAACUACGGGAUCAAGAUUCACGGGUUCAAGGAGAAAGGGUGGUGGUGGAGGUUAUUGCGGAACCAUGGCAGGGUGUGCGGCAAGCUCAAAUUCAUUAAGAUUGAGAGAGAAUAGUGAUGCCGAUCCUUUAAAUCCCAUAACACAAAGUUUAAUUUUGACGGAGAUGCAUUCUUUGAAUAUCAUGGAGUCAAUGGGCCAGGCAGUUCAUUUUAAUGAUCUCAAUUAUGUAAUAUAUUACUGGAAUCGUGUUGCUGAGCAACUUUAUGGUUAUUCUGCAUCAGAAGCGCUUGGUAGGUGUACCCUUGGCCUCAUUAUUGAGGAUCAAGACUUUAACGAAGCAGACGAAAUCAGAAGCAGGGUUGCAAUUGGGCUAUGCUACACUGGGCAGUUUCCUGUCAGGAACAAACAAGGGAGACGAUUUCAAGUCAUUGUUACCAUUAAGCCAUUAUAUGAUGAUAAUGGUGAGAUCAUUGGGUUUGUCUGUGUAUCGUGCGAUUCACAGCCCUUUCGAGAUAUAGCUCCAGUUUUCUCUAAAACAAGUCCUUUUCCGGAAGACGCCCACACUAAUGCUGGUCAGAAGCCUAGAAGUGGUUUCACAACACCUUGUUUUAACACUGGGGAGAUUCUGCAUGUUGUGUUUUGCUCAAAAAUAUGGAAGCUGGCAUCAAGAAUGACCAAGAUAUUGUACUCAAAAUUGAUACCUCGUGUGAAAACUACGAAGCAUGAGAUCCUUCAUGGGGGAAGCUUAUAUGCUAACUCUCAAGGUUUCAGAGAAACAAGUUUCUUGGAUAAAUGGAAUGAUGCUCUGCAGGAAGCAUCCACAAUAAACUCCCGCGGAGAUUCUGAUGACAAGGGUAAAGGUAAGAUUGCUCACGAGAUGGUGACUUAUUCGCGGGUAUGGGAAGGAACCAAACAACAUAGGUUCGUAACAAGGAUUCCCACCGCCAGUGGUAUCUUGUAUGAUGAACAGGAAGAUGAUUUCAAUUGUCAGAAGAGUACUGAGCCUGAAAGCCAGAUAGUGCAACGUAGCCGAUUCGGUGGAAAUGAAGCCUCUGGUUCUAUAUCCUCUUUUGACAGCACGGGCACUGUAACCAUUAGUAAUAGCAGUAUAUGUCCUCUUUAUAACUUCGGUAUGGAUGCAGACUCAUUGAAUUAUGAUGUCUCGUGGGAAGAUUUGACCUUUGGUGAACAAAUAGGGCAGGGUUCAUCUGCAACCGUGUAUCAUGGCCUGUGGUGUGGCUUGGAUGUUGCUAUAAAGGUAUUCCUCAAAUUCGAGAACUGGGAUGGAUUAUUAAGUUGCUUCCAACAAGAGGUGUUACUCAUGAAGAGACUCCGACAUCCGAAUUUACUACUCUUUUUGGGAGCAGUGCCUUCACCUCAGCAUCCCUGCAUUAUCACCGAGUUCCUCCCACGUGGAAGUCUGUUUCAGUUGCUUCAGCAUAACUUUGUUACGAUGGAUUGGAGGCGGCGUGUUAACAUGGCUUUAGAUGUUGCCCGAGGAAUGAAUCAUCUUCAUCAAUGGAACCCACCAAUCGUUCAUCGUGAUUUGAAGUCAUCGAAUCUGCUGGUUGACGAGAACUGGACUGUGAAGGUUGGUGAUUUUGGUCUCUCGCGGCUCAAACAUGCAACCUUUCUUACAACAAAGAAAUGGAGGGGAACGACACAGUGGAUGGCGCCGGAGGUUAUUCGUAACGAGCCAGUGGAUGAGAAGUCUGAUGUAUAUAGCUUUGGAGUUGUUUUGUGGGAGCUUGCCACACUGAAGAUCCCCUGGUAUGGCCUAACACCCGUGCAGGUGAUUGCAGCUGUAGGAUUCAUGGAACAACGUCUGGAGAUUCCGAAAAACAUGAACCCACAAUGGGCAUCUUUACUUGAGAAUUGCUGGCAAAGCAAGCCCGAACGCCGACCAAUAUUCGGAGAACUGCUUGAAAAGUUGGUGGUUCUACAGAGUGCAGAGACAUUGUUUUAUUCAAAGCCUAGUGAUUCUCUUUUAGGGCAUGGUGGUAGUUAAUAUCUUAACAUUGCUGCAGUUGGUUGAUUAUAGUUGUAACUAGUGGUGGCUAAAGUGGAACUUAGUUUUUAUCAUGAAUCACUGUACUUGUAAUUUUGUCUGUGCGGUAACCCUUGUUAAGAAGAAGACGAACUGAUAUUGGUGUCCCAAAACGCCUAAUAUAGUUUACCUUGGAAA